UGUCACUACUCAUUUCAAAGCCGACCUGUCGGGUGGGCGCUCCGGUAUUCUCUUCUUUAUAAUGCAGCCCGAUGGCUUGAGAACAUUUAUCCGCUAUGGUGCGGUUGACUGGGUGCUCGUCUACAGGUUCAAUCCCGAAAAAGUUCAGCCUUCGACAUUCACUGAAGAAGAGUGUUCCCGCCACAUUCAGGCAGCUCUAGGAAAAGACGUUGAGUUUGAGAUCUUGAGCAUCACUAUCUGGUCCACCACGCCUCGCAUCGUGGAGUCCUACCGCUCCUCCCUGGUCAAAAAUGCGUUCCUUGCUGGCGACUCGGCGCACACAUUCUCUCCAACCGGUGGACUGGGUCAAAACACAGGCUUCGGCGAUGUCCAUAACCUGGUAUGGAAGCUUCUGAUGGUCAUGAACGGCCAUGCUUUGGAUAUCCUGAUGGACUCAUAUGACGAAGAGCGCAUAACAGUAGCAGUUGCGAACGCACGUCAAAGCACCGUCAAUGAAGCCAAAAUGGAUGUUUUAGGACAGACUAUCAAUCCGGCGAGCGAACGCGGCCAUGGUAGCCAAGAAUGGGAGAAUGAAGACUUUCAGUACAAAGUUCGAGAAGCGAUCCAGCACAAUGCCGACCACUUUGACUCGCUUGAUCUGCAACUUGGCAUGAUUUACAACAAGCUGCCGCGACCGACGGACCAGAAUGUUUCCAAAUUUGUUCAAAAAGCAGUUCCUGGAGCCCGAUUGCCUCAUGCUUGGGUCGAAUUUGGUGGAAAGGUUGAUGCUUCAUCCCUGGACCUUGUGGGCUAUUCGGACCUCACUCUACUAUGCCCCGACCUCGUGCUUGCCCAUGAGCUAGAGUCCCGACUUUCCGCAAAUGUACGAGAAUUGGUACAAAUCAAGAUUCUCGGUAGUCAUUUUACCACCAACAAUACCGACUGGCUCGAUAUGCUUUUUACCACGCAAAGGAAUCGGGCAGUGCUCGUACGUCCAGAUCAGCAUAUCGCCAGCCUUCUUGAUUCUACAUCAUCUAUGGUUCAAGCUUUCAGGUCUAUCAACCUCGAAGUCCCCAAUCCUCCUUCCUUCUCGUGACAGCUUCCUAGCUUAUCAAAAGCUCUGGUAGUAGCUGAACCAGAUACAUAAACCAAGUUGGGCCCAUGAUAGAGAGAGAGUAGACAGAUAAAAUGAUAACUGGCAAUUCAUGAAAUGACUCAAUGAGUCGUCUUAAAUAGUAAAGUCGAGUUGAUGCCGUAUUGAAGUGA